AUGUUCAAGCUGCUAGUACUCCUGUCUAUUGCUCUAGUGAUCUACACGAAAAAAGAGCAUGAGUUUAAAGACAUACCUGGUGUAAGUACUGAAAAUAUGGAGAAGCUCCGUAAAUUAAUGGACCCCCGACCUGAAAGCCGCGAAGAUUUCAAGAAGAAGAUGCAUGAGUGGAUGAACAGUCUUCCAGAGGACGAAAAGAAAGCAGCAGAAAAACACAGAGAAGAGAGGAGAAAGGCAUGGAAGCUCAAGCACCAGAAAAACGAGACAGAGACGAUAGAGACCGAAUCAUCCGAAGAUAAUUAA